AUGAAGAAAUGGACUUUAGAGUGGAAGUUUGAGUACAAGACUGUCUCUUCUAACAAGUCAAGAGUGUUAUUGAGUUGUGUUGAUGACAAUUGCACGUGGAGGAUGCGUGCUACUAAGCUACCUCUUUCAGACUUUUUCGUUGUUAAAAAGUAUGUUCAUGAGCAUACAUGCGAUACAACACACAGGAAUGCCAACCACAGACAAGCAUCUGCAAGACAAGCAGCAAAGUUGUUGGGUUCUUUGAUUUGCAGCAAUUAUGGAGAAAAGAAGGAAGGUCUCAAACCGAAACAGAUCAUUGAACAGGUCAGGAUUCUGCAUGGCGUUCACAUCAAUUACAAACAAGCUUGGAGAGGGAAAGAAGAAGCUCAGUUUUUGGUUAGAGGGACUUCUGAAGACAGCUAUUACAAUUUGUUUAGGCGGUUGUACAAAGCCACAGAGACAAACCCUGGUUCGUUAACUUAUCAACAAGUGGAUGCUGCUGGAAAGUUCAAGUAUGCAUUUGUGGCUUUUGGUCCAUCGAUAAGGGGAUUCUCAUUGAUGAGGAAAGUUAUUGCAGUAGAUGACAGGGCUAACUCCAUUGCUUCAGCGCUGGAGGAUGUUUAUCCCUUAUCUCACCAUGGAAUCUGCAGGAUCCAUCUGCUCCGCAACAUCACUCCUACAUAUUCAAAGACUGGUCUACUUCCUCUGGUGGAAAGCGCUGCUGAUGCUUACACGUGUUACGAGUUCUGGUUAAUCUUCAAGGACAUAAAAGGAUAA